AUGGAUGAAAUGGAGGAAGAAUUAAAAUGCCCUGUCUGCGGAUCGUUUUUCCGGGAGCCGAUCAUUCUACCGUGCUCCCACAACAUUUGCCUGGCUUGUGCUCGGAAUAUCCUAGUGCAGACCCCGGACGCUGAAUCUCCGCAGAGUAGCCGUGCGUCUGGCUCGGGAGUCUCCGACUAUGAUUACCUGGAUCUCGAUAAGAUGAGCCUGUACAGCGAGGCGGACAGUGGAUACGGUUCGUAUGGUGGCUUCGUUAGUGCCCCGACCACCCCUUGCCAGAAAUCCCCAAACGGGGUGCGUGUUUUCCCACCUGCCGUCCCCCAACCCCCUCCUCAGCACCACUUGCUAGGACACCCAGGUUCCCUACCUCCAAUCCCACGCAACUCCUGCCUCACAUGCCCGCAGUGCCAUCGCAGCCUCAUCUUGGACGAGAGGGGGCUCCGCGGGUUUGCCAAGAACCGGGUGCUGGAAGGGGUCGUGGACCGGUACCAGCAGAGCAAAACAGCCGCUCUCAAGUGUCAGCUCUGCGAGAAGAGUCCCAAAGAGGCCACUGUGAUGUGCGAGCAAUGUGAUGUGUUCUACUGUGACCCUUGUCGCUUGAGGUGCCACCCUCCCCGAGGUCCGCUAGCCAAGCAUCGUCUUGUACCUCCGGCACAGGGCCGGGUAAGCCGUCGGACAAGUCCCCGGAAGAUCUCAACUUGUACGGAGCACGAACUGGAAAACCUGAGCAUGUACUGUGUUCAGUGUAAGAUGCCUGUGUGUUACCAGUGUUUGGAGGAAGGAAAACAUGGGACACACGAAGUCAAAGCUCUAGGAGCUAUGUGGAAACUGCACAAGCUCCACUCUCCCAGCUCCACUCUCCCAGCUCCACUCUCCCAGCUCUACUCUCCCAGCUCUGCUCUCCCAGCUCUGCUCUCCCAGCUCCGCUCUCCCAGCUCUACUCUCCCAGCUCUACUCUCCCAGCUCCACUCUCCCAGCUCUACUCUCCCAGCUCCACUCUCCCAGUUCUACUCUCCCAGCUCCACUCUCCUAGCUCCACUCUCCUAG